GCGGGGGCGGAGCGGAUCGGGGCGGCGGGCAGGGAGCGGUGCGGGGCGGGUCGGCGCGGCGCGGCGGGCAGCGAUGCCGGCGGCCGCGGGGCGGUGAGCGGCCAUGCCGCGCAGGGCGGAGCGGUGCCUGCAGAUCGCCCCGCACUCCCUGGCCAUCGUCCUGGGCGGGGGGCGGCCGGGGGGCGGCGGCGGAGCGGCGGCGGCGGAGCUGGGGCGCCACCGCAUCGGCUACGAGAUCUUUGCCGACUUCAAGCGGGAGAACAUGCAGCACUUCUGGGACCGGCGGGUGACGGCGGCGGUGGCCGAGACCUUCUUCCUGGGCUGGAUCGACGAGCAGGUGCUGCUGGUGCAGGGCAAGGAGGAGCACCUGGAGGUGCUGCGGCAGGGCUGGGCGCGGCGAUCCCUCAAGCCCCCCAGCGGCUUCCAGAUCAAGUGCCUGGAAUACAUAAAUCUCUGCACUCAGGAGAAAUGCUCAGAACAGCUUCUACAGAGAGGCAAGUGCAAGUGGUGCCUGAAUAAACCUUCAUCUGAACAGGGCAAUGGGAAAUUGUCUCUGGGUGCACACAGCACCCAGGAGCUUCCCCAGAGGCCAAGCCCUGCUCGUGCUAGGUGCCUUCUUGGCAAGUGCAUGCAUCACACGGGAGUAAAGCAGAAAUGAAGGCUCUGCGGAGGAAUUGGAAGAGGUGUGGAGAUGUGUGAAUUAGUCUUUAAAAACAUAAUCUUUAAUGGCUUUUACUGCUGGUAGGCUUUAUAUUGGAUACUUACUUCUUGCUGUCUAUUUUUUCAAACUCCUGAAGCAGGAGGAUAGGCCGUCUUUCUAACGUACAGUACAGCUGGCCCCCAUAUAUCAGCAUGUUACUUAAAUACCAGGGUACUAAUGAUAUGCGACACCAGUGGAAAACAAGAAAGUUGAGGCCAACAUUUUUAGCACAUCUUUUACUACUAUAUCCUUUGGAAGAGCAGUCAGUGAAUGAUAUGAGCUGCUGUAACUCCACU